ACUCAGCUCUCUGAUGUGUACACUUUCUCCAAGAGAAGACACUUUCUCCUAGAGAAGACACUUUCUCCAAGAGAAGACACUUUCUCCAAGAGAAGACACUUUCUCCUAGAGAAGACACUUUCUCCCAGAGAAGACACUUUCUCCCAGAGAAGACACUUUCUCCCAGAGAAGACACUUUCUCCUAGAGAAGACACUUUCUCCCAGAGACGUCUGACACUCCAGAACAGAGGAAGAACACAACAUCGCUGACACUCGUCUCCAACUACACAAAAUGACUUCUAAAUACAUCACAGAAAUUGCAAUCUCCACUAGCUCUGAAAAGGAGAAACGGCUUCGUGACCAAGGCUUUCAGAUGGUGGAUGUCAACCUCAACCAAGGCAAUUCAUCCAACACCAGAGUUUACAUGUGGUACAAAAAGGGCAAUGGUGAACCCAUCACCAGAGUCCAGAUUUCAUUCACUGAGGAAAUGAAAGAUGGCCCGAGGGGUGCAGGGUACACUGAGCUUCCCGAAGACCUCAACUCUGGAGCAGGGGGAGACACCAUCCAGCUGUGGUACUCUAGUGGUUCAAGCCCUAAGUACGACAUUCCCAUUGUAGAUCUCCUACUCACCACUAAUGUGAAUGCAGAGGCCGCUCAAUACAAACACGGCUGGGAAAGGCUACCAUGUGAUCUGAACCGCUGUAACGCAGGCGAUUUCAUCUACCUCUGGGUGAAGAGAGAGAGUGUGACCUACAUCUGCGAUGUUGCUGCCACCACCUCAUUCGAUGAAGACAUUAACCUUUUCAACAAGGGCUACAUCCGGAUGGAUGAAGAUCUCAAUAGAGAUGCUAGAGGAAACUGGAUCUUCCUCUGGUAUCGCCAAUCCACCGAUAAGGGCAGCGGGCUCACCAGGGUGAAUGUCUCCAUCAACCAUGAGCAGGAUUUCAGCCUACAGCAGCGCGGUUUCACCCCAUUGAAUGUUAACCUCAACGAGGGAACAUGCGGUCAGUCAGUGUUUGUCUGGUUGAAUAAAUAUGAAUCUUCCCCUAUCAAGGUCUUGACCUUUACACCCAACCACAAUGCAGAUGGUCCUUAUGAGAAGGCCGGCUUGGUUCUCAUCGAAAAGAAUCUGAAUGCUGGCAACAACGGUAGGCCUUUCUUCCUCUGGUAUGGCAAGUAAAAACCUGAGGUGGAGAGGCAGUCAGCCUAAACAUGGGCAAGAUGUUAGCUUUUGCAUGGCAAUUUCUCUGUCUAUGUUCUGUGAAAUGUUGUAUUAUCUUUCUGACAAAAAUAAAUAAUGAAAUUACACUGAACGUUAGCUUUCAUGUCAUAAAGUCACAAAUCCUUUAGAAAUGUUUAAAGGUUGACUUUAAUGUUCUUUCCAAUUAAUUCACAAUUUAAUUAUGGUAUUAAACUUCACUAACAUUUUAGCAGCAUAAUUUUUUCCCUUCUGAAUAUUUCAAGGGGUUGUAAGGUAUGAUGUCUCAUUGUGUCAAAUGUGACUUUGGAAAAGCUUUAGUACAGCAAUAGAAAUAAAGUAAAAUGAUGAUUUCUGUGUAACACUGAGAAUCCCAGUAUGCUCAUCAAUAAAGAAAGCUUUGCAAAUCUGAA